AAGCUUUAGCACCCACCUCACAGUCAACCAUAACAACAGUUAGUCGCGUACACAAGUACACAACAAUUUCGUGCGGUGCGCGAGGUCGUAGCAUAACACCCUCGCAAUCCAAUAACUGAGUCAGGUCAUCCUGGUUCUUGUCCUUUGAUGCUGUAAUUUUCGAUUCGCUCUGAGUGUCUCUCUCUCUCUAUCUCUGUGCAUCUGAACGGCAACUGUGCUCGUGGGCAGCAUAACUGUAAACCAUUUUAAACAUUGCAAACGGCAACGGAACUGCCCACCAAUUAAAUAAUUGAAAAUACCACCAGAAAAUACUGAAAAUGAGUGCAAAUAAACGCGCGAAAGUAAUAACUGCGAUUACAAAUGUUUAAAUGUAUAUAUAAAAAAAGAACAAAGGUGGCAGGAAGUGAAAACAGAUGCAAAACAACAAACAAUAUAGGCAUUGCAGCAACAUAAGUAUCGAUUCUCAGACGAGAAAAGCAAAAACCCAAAGCAGAAAAAUACCAAACGCUGCUCUGUAAAAUGCCCAAAACUUUGUUGUAGGAGGGAGAGGGCACAACGUUCAAUAGCGAAGAAGCGUUGAAACGAGACGCGAGGAGUUGUGAUUAGUGAAUUAAGAAUAUUAAUCACUUUUAAGUACAAAUACAAAAGUAAACGUCCCGGUACAGUGACAAGUGGGCAACACGAGACAAGAUGUUGCCUGCCAACCCCCCGGUGUCCCCACCUGACCCGAACCAGGUGAAACGCAAAAUGUCCAUUCCGAACAUUACAAUCAUACCGCGCAAGGGUGCUGAGGAAAUGCGUUUCCUGCCCAUCGCCGCCAUGCCCACGAAGUCCUCCAGCAUAACAAUUGGCAACGUUCAAUCGGUUAAGAGCAACAACAAUAAUAACAUCCAAACGGCAUUGAAAUCCAAACUGACGACCAUGAACAUUGUACAGGCGAGUGGAGUGAAAACCACCAGCCUGAAGCCAGGAGCAGUGCCUGCCACUGGUCCCAUGAUACAGCUGGUGCCCAUGUCUGCUGUGUCUUCUGUCACAGGCGGCGCCACAAAUCAUCAUCAGAAUCUCAUGGCCAUUCUGACGCCAUCCGGCAAGACCGCGAUGAUAAGUGCUGCCCCACCGCAUGCCCAGCCAAUCGUGAUACGUCCCACUCCAACUGUCUCCCGGCUGUCGCAUCCGGGCAAAGGAACUUUCACCAUCAACAGUAGCAAUGGCACGGCCUCUGUUACAGCCUCAGCCCUCGCCAGCGGCUCCAAGGCAGCCGCCAGCAGAACAUCAACAGUGAUUCCCAAUACAAUGGCCGCCAUGACGGCGGGCCCACCAGCACCAGCAGCAGCACCUGUACCUGCUUCUGUAUCGGCAUCUGCAUCCGCAACUGUAGCAGCUCUACCUGUACCUGCCUCUGGAUCCGUCACAGCUGCGGCAGCACCAAUCCCGUCGCAGCAGCAAGUCUCACUGAUCGGCGGGCAGGCAUUGAAACCACGUGCCCCGCUUAUACUCAGCAAGGUGGCGGUCGAUAAGCUGCGCAUUAAAUUCAAUCAGGCGAGGGCCAAUCCCAAUGCCAUCAUUGUCAGCAAGGCGCUUCAGCAGAGCAGUGCCCAAGCCAUAGGCAAAAAUAAUAAUUUCACUCCCAUUACCGUGAACGACAUGACCAGGACAUGCUCGACGCAGGCAGCAUCAGUUGAGAGUAGCAGCAGCAACAAUCAGUGCAUAUUCCCGAAAAAAGCGUUGCCACUAUCCCCAGGCAAGGACACAGCCACACCCAAGACCUCCACUCUAACAACAGCCAUUGAAAGCAGCAGCAGCAACAACAAAGAGAAAGACAUCAAGAAAAAGUCUCCCAUAAAGGCCCUGCCCCUAGUGCCGGAAUCCAUUCCCAAGGACAUGCCCAAGGUGCCUCCAACCAGCAGCAAGAUGAGCCCCAAUCCAAAUCCCAGAGAGAUCACCAUCCAGGCCGCUGUCAAUGGCCCCCAGAAGAAAACAGAAUCCAAGCCCAAACCCAAGCCUAUGGCCAUGGCCGAGCCGCCAGCACCGGUCAAGGUGAAGCGCUCUAAGUCGUUUGUGUCGACCGAGGAGGUGGCCCUAAUGCGAGCCAUAGAGCGACGCCGCUUCUCCGUGGCCGUUGGGCAUGUAAAGGAACCUCAAGCACCUACAAAGGAGCACCAUGAAGUGGCAAAGAAGCCACAACAUGCCGCAAAGCAGCACCAGGCAGCCGCAACGGUGCCAGUAGCACCCGCAAAGAAGCCUGUUGCACCCGCAAAGGAGCCUCAAGAACCAGCAAAGGAGUCUGUUGCACCCGCAAAGGAACCCGUUGUAUCCGAUAAGGAAGACGACGCUGUUGUGAUGCUGGCCGAUCCGCCCAUCGAGACAAUCACAAUCGACACCGAUGAUAGCGACGAUGACGGGGAGAAGGAUCAGUCGGCAAAGUUUCCACCGAUUCUCUCCACAGCUGCACUGACAGUCACAGCCAUACCGGGAUCACCCAGACGCACAUCCACACCGACCAGCAGCAGCACCAGCACCAGCACCAGCACUGGGACCGCACCGAGAGGCAUCUUGGGCAGAAAGAGCUCCAACAGUGGAGUCUCUUUGGGCAUGCUGGAGUCUCGCAAGGGCUCCCGAAAGAACUCUUCGACCAGUGGCAGCGGAACUACGCAGUCUUCCUCGAGAAAGAGCUCCCAUGGUAGCAUCAGCAUCUCGAGCAGCAGCUGCUCGGUCAACAGCGAUGUGGAGGAGGUUGUGGUGUCCGCUAAGAGGCUAAAGGAAGAGCCAGAGACGCACACACCACACACGCAGACGAUAAGCAUUGUCAAGGCGGAGUCUGUGUCCAACGAGGACUUUGAACGGUCGCUGCGAUGCGAGGAGACGCUUGCCCAGUCGCCAGAGUCCUCUACCCCCAGUUCCUCCUCGUCCACGGGUCCUUCGAGGCGGUCUGUCCCUCUCCCCACGCAGAACGGCGAGCACCAGUCCACGAAGCACAAAACGCCCUUCGUGCUGGUUCCCACGCCCCCGGCUGGAGCCAAGGCCACCUCCAUGAAGAUGGCGAUGCUAAACCACCUGCAGAUGUUGCGUUGGCGACCCCAGCAGCCGGGCAGCCUGCACAACUCCUCGCUGCGCUUCGACCUCAAUCGCUACAGCCUGCUGCAGCUGAACGAGAGAUGCGAGCCGCGCCAGGGUCCCGCCAGCUACUUUGAGCGAGCCCUCUUCGACCGUCCCGGCCGCCGGCCCACCGAGAGCCUCCAUCCGCUGCUGUAUCUGUGCCAGCGAUGCAAUUGCCAUGGCCCUGCCGCCGAUUUUCUGGCGCCACAUUACUGCUCCGUGGGCUGUGUGCGACGAGCGCAGAAGAGACGCAUGCCCGCCAUAACCAUUUCCCAGAGCAAGGUGCCGAAGAAGGCGACAACGCAGCAGCAGCAGCAGCAACAGCAGCUACAGCAGCACCAGCGGGAGCGGGAGCAACAGCGGGAGCGGGAGCAACACCAGCAGCAGCGGGCCAGCCGGCUCCAGGUGGAGUGGACGCAGAGCAGGGGCCCCAAGAAUCCCUUCCGCUGGACCGAGUACAUGGAGGCGCAUGGCCCCGAGCUGACGGCGCCCAUCCACCUGUUCCUCAAUCCUUUUCCACGCAACGCCAACUGCUUCGAGCGUGGCAUGAAGCUGGAGGCCAUCGAUCCGGAGAACUGUUCCCUCUUCUGCGUGUGCACCGUGGCGGAGGUGCGGGGCUAUCGGCUGAAGCUCAGCUUCGAUGGCUACUCCAGCAUGUACGACUUCUGGGUGAACGCCGACUCGCUGGACAUCUUUCCGCCCGGCUGGUGCGAGAGCACAAAUCGCAUACUGCAGGCCCCCAGGGGCUACUGCUCGCUGCGUUGGAACUGGAGCCGCUACCUGGUAAAGACCAACGCCAAGGCGGCACCCCGAGUGCUCUUCACGCACUUGAACCAUACGCCGUAUAAGCGCGAGAAUCGAUUCCGACGUGGCAUGCAUCUGGAGGCGGAGGACCUCAACGACACAGGCAAGAUCUGUGUGGCCACGGUGGCGGACAUACUGGACGAGCGAAUACGCGUCCACUUCAAUGGCUGGGACGACUGCUACGACUUCUGGGUGCACAUCAGCUCCCCGUACAUCCAUCCGUGCGGCUGGCAUGCCGGCCGCCAGCAGCUGAUUGUGCCCCCCAGCUACCACAACACCGUCUUCAGCUGGGAGGACUUCAUGCGCCGCAAGGGUGGGAUCGCCGCUUCCGAGGAUCUGUUCUCGCCGCGGCAGCCCAUGGACUUUCAGGCGCGCAUGAAGCUCGAGGUGGUGGAUCAGAGGAAUCCCUGUCUCAUCCGUCCGGCCACGGUGGUCAUCCGAAAGGGGUACCGGGUGCAGCUGCAUCUGGACUGCUGGCCCAGCGAGUACUAUUUCUGGCUGGAGGACGACAGCCCCGACCUGCAUCCCAUUGGCUGGUGCGAGGCCACCCAGCACGAGCUGGAGGCGCCGCCCGGCUUCCUCCAGGCCCCGGCCCAGAUGCCCUGCGAUCUGGACGGCUGUCGCGGCUUCGGCAAUGCCAAGCGCUUCAACCUCAACGUCCACGCGCUGCCCGACUGCUGUCCUUAUGCACCCGUGAACUGGCGCCAGUGGCGCUCCAAAACGGUGAAGCCUCCACGCGUGGCCCCCGAUCAGAUUAGUCGGGCACCGCUCCGCGAGCCAAAGAAGAUAUCGGCUGGGAAUAUGCUCACGAUGCCGCUGCCGAUCUUUGGGAACGGGUUCAGGCGGGAGGGACUGCCGGAGCUGGUCAUCGAAGCGCAGCUGGAGGAGCAGGACGACGCUCAGAUGGUCAUCGAGGACGAGUGCAUGCUGGAGGACGACGUUCAGAUGGUCAUCAAGGAAGAACGCAUCGAGAAUGAGCGGCCACAGCUGGUCGUCAAGUUGGAGCCCAAAAUUGAAGCCAAGCCAGAGACCAAGCCCAAACGCAGGGAGACGAUACCCAGGGCCAAUGAGAUAAUCAAAGAGGAGUCCAAGGCGAUCAAAGAGGAACAAAAGCCCAAGCCCAAGGAGAGGAUACUCAAACGAAAGGAUGAAACGACAGCCAAAGCCAAGGAUACAAUGCCCAAACAGAAGGAUAUCCAGACGAUAUCCAAAGCUAAGGAGACGAUACCCAAAGCUAAGGAGACGAUACCCAAAGCUAAAGAGACGAUACCCAAAGCCAAAGAGGUAAAGUCCACAGUCAAGGAAGCAAAGUCCACUCCAAAGGAGACAAAGAUCGUUCCCAAGGAUCCAAAACCCAAUCGCAAGGAGCCCAAACCCACUCCCAAAGAGACAAAACCCACGGCCAGGGAGAAAGAAGCGAAAUCCACUCCCAAAGAGAAGGAAACAAAACCCACUGCUCCCAAGGGAAAGGAGACGAAAGGACCUGCUGUCUCUGUCCGUAAAGUGCAAGUGGAGGAGCCGGUGGAUCCUCGCUGCAUCACCAUUGCCAUGCCCAUUGUGAAGGACUAUGGGCCCCAGUUCGUGCGUAACUAUCGUCUCUGGCAGAAGAACAGCGCGUUUGCUUUGAGCAAGAUCAAGAGCAAUCCACUCUACUGGACCAACUGGGAUGUGUACGAGUACGUGGAGCGUGCCCUCGACUCCCGCCGCAUUGCGCAGACCAUCUUCGACCAGGACAUCGAUGGACGGGCGCUGCUCAUGCUGGGACGCGAGGAUAUGAGCAAUCAUCUGCUGCUAAAGAAGGGCCCCGCCGUGAAGCUAUUCUCGCACAUUAUCAACCUUCGCAUUGCGGUGGUCUGCAAGUUCAACAUGUCCUGCACGGGCAUGGACAUUGGCAACAUCGAUGCUGUCGACGCCCAAAAGCAGAAAAAGGACAAGAAGGAACGGGUCGAACCCAAACAGAUGCCCAGGGAGAAGCAGCCACAGAAGCCAAGGGAGAAACAGCCACAGAUACAGCAACAGCCACAGCGGAAGAAUCCUCAGCAGAAUAUGAGCAGCAGCAGCUAUGAGCUGUUAGACGAGUCGUCGGACAAUGAUUUUGAUGAGGAUGAUGACAGCGACGCUGUAUGCGACAGCUUAAACGAACUGGAAGUGGAGGAAGAACAGCAUGUCGAUGAUAAUGAGGAUGAGGAGGACGAUGAGUUGGACAACGAGGAUUUUCAGAGCAUCAAUCCCAGCAGCUUGGCCCACGAUGACAAUGACGAUGAUUCGGAUUUGGUGAUGCUGCCGCCGCUCAAGGCGCGGCGUUGCAUGACCACAGCAUCGUAGGCGUCCCGCCACUCCCCUCCGUUCCGUUGAUUAAUUUUUUGUAAGAUUUUUGUUGUUGCAUCUUGGCAUAUUUGCAUAUUGGCACACGUUUGCGGGUAUUAAUAUUAUGUAAUAUUAUAAAAUAGUAUUUAAAUGUUUAAGCCAAUUCGUAAAGCGAUAAUUUUGAUUUAUCAAAUAUAUAUAUAUCCAAAUCUCAAUAAAGAACCGACGCCCCCACGU